AUGGCGACUCCCCGGUUUCCUAUUGACGAGGCUCCUCAUCCGAUGCUUGCCCGAAAGACUAUGGAGGAUGCGCUGACCGUCAUGCAUGGCGGUCCUCCCCCGUUCCAAUGGAUUGAGGAGGAUGGUCGGUCUCUGAUAGGAUGCUAUGCACCGCUCUGCUACUCGCCUGUGAUGGCAAGGCAGUUUUUUUCAAUGGCCAAGGCAGGCUACGAACCAGCUAUUCUGAAGCCGCGUAAUCGGGAGCUGGCUAUUCUGGGCUUGUGCUCAAUUCUGGAUGCCCCCUACAUUGUGUAUUGUCAUCGUGCAGUAGGGGCACGAGAUGGCCUCACAGAGAAUCAGUAUGACGAAGGGCUGGCUGGUAGGACGCCUCAGGGCCUCAGCGAGGAAGAAGAAACAGCCUACAGCCUGGGCCGUAAGCUGACGGCACUCACCGGGCCAUUGGACGAGGUAACCUGGCAGGAAGCAAGCUCGAAGAUGGCCAAGUCGGAAAUCGUCGGGAUUGUGAAUAUCAUCGCUGGCUAUCGAUAG